CCUCCUUCACGUCCGCCAUGUCAAUGUCCAAGCGUAUUCGCAUCUACACCGCUGAGGACGUCGCCGAGCAUCACUCUACGACGAGCUGCUGGGUCACCCGUGGUGGUAAAGUCUACGACAUCACAAAGUUCCUCGAUGACCAUCCGGGAGGAGACGAAAUCGUCUUGAAGUAUGCCGGCCUGGAUGUCGGCGAGAUCAUGAAGGACACUCUCGAGCACGAGCACUCGGAUUCCGCCUACGACAUGCUCGAAGAAUUCAUCAUUGGUCGCCUGGGCACAGGCGAAGCUGUGGUCAGCGACGACUGGGAAGCGACGGAUGACUUCGAGCCCGAAGAGACGGACGCGACCAGGGACUUUGAGAAGAAUCAGUUCCUCGACCUACGCAGGCCGUUACUCAGGCAAGUUUGGGCGGCCAGCUGGAGCAAGUCGUACUACCUUAUCCAGGUGCACCAGCCUCGACACCUUGUGGAUUCCGCGCCGUUAUUUGGCUCUUCCUUCCUUGAUGUUUUCACCAAAACGGCCUGGUAUGUUGUCCCUACCCUCUGGCUGCCCAUCGCCCUCUAUCUUUAUCUCCGCUCUUCCGUACAAUUCACGCUCGGUAACAACGCCUUGCCUCCGUUCUAUGAGGAUCCGAGUGCUCCUCUCCGUAUAUUGCUUAGGAUCGGCAUUCCCGCCUCUACCUUCGCCAAGACGACUGUUUGCUUCCUCUUUGGCAAUCUUGUCUGGACCUUCCUCGAGUAUACCCUUCACCGCUUCCUAUUCCACCUCGAUUACUACCUGCCGGAUCACUAUACCUGCCUCACGUUGCACUUCCUGCUGCAUGGUAUUCAUCACUACUUGCCUAUGGAUAGGCUGAGAUUGGUCAUGCCUCCAGUGUUGUUCGCAGCUCUUUCCUAUCCAUUCACGCAGCUUGCCCAUCUCCUGUUCCCUGCUGCCGUAGCUAAUGGCAUCAUUACUGGAUCCUAUACAUUCUACGUGUUGUAUGACUGCAUGCACUACGCCAUGCACCAUACACGGCUGCCGGCCUACCUGAAGGAGAUGAAGAAGUAUCAUCUCGCCCACCAUUACAAGAACUUUGACCUCGGCUUCGGCGUUACCAGCAAGAUGUGGGAUUACGUGUUUAACACCGUUCUUCCGGUUUAAGGUAGCUUCAAUGCCACCAAAUAUCGUCGGCGUUUUUAGCCUGCAAGGCUCGGCUGCGGUAUGGUUAUUGUAAUUCGAGAGAUGUACGAUAUAGUCGAAUAAUGUUGGCCAGAGGACUGUCUGCUCGUGUUUGCGCUAUGCAUCACGGAUGACCCCCACUUAUUUCUUAGGCACUGCUAUUCUAGUGAAUGCGAUUUGUGAACGG